UCUCCGCGCUCCACUCCCACCGCUCGGACCCUGCCCUUGCUAAGACCUCGAGCUCAAGUCUCUGCUCCAAGCUCCUCUCCGUCUUGCCUUAAGGUCCUUAAAUCCCUCCUGCCUGACCUCACCCUCCUCAGAGCAUAGACAAAGGCGGGGUUUUAGCUCCAUUUUACGGCUGAGGAAACAGGCUCGGCAAGGCCACAUCACUUAAAUCACCAAUCUGGGCUAUCCGACCCCACCCACAGCUGAGGUUCUUGGCUACAAAGCACAUAACAGGAGUUUCACACGACUUAUUCCUGGAAUGGAGGGAAGGGAUGAGAUCUAAAGUCUCGGCUCCAGUUCACGAAUGAGACAGAAUGCGGGCGGUGGGGUCUCGUUCGCCUUAGCUUCAGUUAGAUACCAGUCCCCAUCGCUUUCGGGGUAGGCAGUUCCCUACGGCCUGCAAACGCAGAGCCACGCCCCCAUCCAAGUCUGCUUCCGCGCGGGGUCUUUUGGACCCAGAGGCCGCCGUAACCCCGCCCACCAAGGAAACACUCCGGAACGACGCCGACGCCCUCACCCGCCUCACCGGCAUGAAGCCACCGCAGCGGCGGCGAGCGAUCCCGAGGCGCUAUCUGGUGGAGGUGACUGGCCCCGCGGCCUGGAGGGCCAGCGAGAAGCGGCAGCUGUUACGACUACUGCAGGCGCGACAAGGCCAACCAGAGCUGGACGCCGCCGAGCUGGCCCGAGAGUUACCGGGCCGAAGCAAUACGGAGAUCCAGGACUUUCUCCAGCAGCUCAAGGGCCGAGUGGCCCGGGAGGCCAUUCAGAGGAUACAUCCAGGUGGCCCAAAGGGACCAAGGCGCUGGGAAACACAGACCCCAGCUCCCAUCGAGGUGUGGAUGGAUCUGGCUGAGAAGAUAACAGGCCCACUGGAGGAGGCGCUUACUGUGGCUUUCUCACAGGUGCUCGCCAUCGCUGCCACGGAGCCCGUCAGCCUCCUGCACUCAGUGCCCUCCAAGCCCACGCAGGCUUGUGGAAAGCCACUGCUCCUCAGCACCCCUGGAGGACAGGAGGACCUGGGUCCUGAGGCUUCCAGCCCCGCCCCCGAGGCCCCCAGAGGGCGUGAGGUUCCUGGCUCUGCUCCCAAGACGCCAGGCCCUGCUCCUGAGGCAUCCUCCGAGUCCCUGGCUGGCCAGUCUGCUGAGAGAGACUUUUCUGUGGACUUCGAAAAGAUCUACACGUACCUAUCAUCCGUCUUCCGCGGUGGCCAGGGCCCUGAGCUUUCCGCAGCUGAGUCCGCUGUGGUCCUUGACCUGCUCAUGGCGCUUCCUGAGGAGUUGUCCCGUCUGCCCUGCGCCACCCUGGUUCAACACAUGUCGGGUAUGUACCGACAUCUGACGGCCCCCCAGCGCGACCUUGCCAGUGGGGGCCUGGCGUCGGGAACUGAGGAUAGCGGGGCAGGUUCCAGGGGUCAGGAGGAGACUGGCCAGGCCAGCCCUCAGGCCCCUGAGAAUGCUGGCUCCAGCCAGCCCAUAUCCUCUUGGCAAGCGGCUGGGGUGUGCCCCCUGAACCCGUUCCUGGUACCCUUGGAGCUUCUGGGCCAGGUGGCAAGGUAGAGGCCUGGCAGGCAGGGGACACGCCAGACCUCGGUGAGCCCCCAGACUCUCAAUCCUGCUUGGUCUGGCCCUGGAUUGUCAUGAGGAUCUUGCCACGCUGGAAGGUCCCUGAGCCAAUGUGCAGUGGCCUUAACAUGCUUGAUACAGUGGGGGUCUCAUAGACGAAGCCCAGUUGUACAAGGAGGGGUUCAGCCAUAGAACUGGCUGGGCUAACACCGCUGUCAAAUAUUUCCCCCACUGGUUCUUCAUCCCUUCCAAAGCCCAGUAUCCCGUGUCCUGUAACGGUAAAUAAAGUUCUUGUCAACCCCCCUGAA